CUCAUUUCGUCACGUCACUCGAAAUCGGAACUUGAUCGAAGUUGGUGGUGUGUGCUGAAAAAAAGCCAAUUCGUUCAAUUAUAUUACCUUCCCGUACAUUCCCACUUAUUCUAAAAGAAUAGCCGAAUAGCUUUAAUACUUCGCAAUGGCUGAUGAUAGCUUGUUGAACGACUCGAAUCUGGCGACACUGGGCAGCAACGAUGAUGAAGCCGAGCUCCUGAUAGAGGAUGACUAUCUAAAGGGUUCGGAAAUGCAAAUUGAUCCGGAACUGGAAGCGAUCAAGGCACGAGUGAAGGAGAUGGAGGAAGAAGCGGAAAAGUUAAAGCAGUUACAAUCAGAAGUCACGAAACAGAUGACCUUGGGUUCACCCACUGGAUCUACGCCGAUGCUGACAGCCGAAGAAAAGGCCGAAGUAGACAACCGAUCUAUUUAUGUGGGAAACGUUGACUACGGUGCAACUGCUGAGGAGUUGGAAGCCCAUUUCCAUGGGUGCGGAGCGAUUAACCGAGUGACCAUCCUUUGCAACAAAGCCGACGGUCAUCCGAAAGGAUUUGCAUACAUUGAGUUCGGGUCGAAAGAAUUCGUAGAGACUGCGCUCGCUAUGAACGAAACACUGUUCCGAGGUAGACAAAUCAAGGUGAACCCAAAACGAACCAAUCGUCCGGGAAUGUGCCAAACUAAUCGGUUUCCCCGAGGAGUCCGAGGUCGUGCGGCCAGAGCUUCGAGAGCUUGUUGCUACGGAGCCCACCGUGGCACCAGAAGGCCUAUCCGAGGGUACCGAGGCCGUGCCAAUUACUACGCACCUUAUUAAUUGGUGAUAUUUUCUGAAUUUAGAAGUAUUACCGCACUAGCUAUUAGGACCAUUAGCUAAACCUAGGGAUAAUAAAAUAUAUAUGAUAUUUUUCAAAAAACAUUAUUUGUCUUCAUCAUAACUCGAAAACAGCGCUUGCAUUGCAGCCUUAACGGCCGCCCCUUGUCACAUGCGCAAAAGAUGCAAACAUAUUCAAUACACCCACGAUCGCAGAAAUAAUGUUUUUUGAAACUCAUUGGAGCAGACUACGUAUGGUGUGGAAAAAAAAGUUUAAGCUAAAAAAGAUGAGCAGAAUUACAAAAAAACACUUGUACACAAACACCAUGGCUAAAAUUACAAGGACAAAAAGAGGAACUCCGCAUAAAAAAAGAAAAAACAACAAAAAUGAUUGGAGGAAAAAACAAGUCCUUUUCAAAAGAUGAAUUAAAAAUAUAUGCUACAGAGACACCAUCAUCGGGAAAAAACGAUAAUUAAAAAAGGACAAUUGUCCCAAUAAAAAGAUGCUUACGAAAAGAAAAGGCGCAAUGAAGAAAAGGAAGAAAAAAAAUCCUAAAACAAAACGUAAAAAUGAUAUACACAACCCUGGAAUACAGCCGAAAAGAUACAAAGAAGAGCAAUAUAUGCAAGAUGAAACAACAGAGGCGCCCAGAAAUAAUGAACUGAAUAAGAUGAACUAAAAGGAAAAAUAAAGAGAAUGAAUAAAUA